AUGGCAUCCGAAUCCUGGCCAUAUCGGCAAAAGCCACACGCCAGCCCCGGUCGCAUUAUAAGUCUGGUUCAUCAGCGCGUUGAUCCCGCCGAUCCCCAGCCCGCCAGACUCGGAGCCGCGGAAAGACUUGAGAAAGACCCUGAGGGCCAUGAGAUGGGUCAUCUCGACGCCCUCGUGCCACCCGGUCGGCUGCUCCUCUGUCAGCACGGACAGAUCGACGGGCAGGUUCGGGUCCCUGGCCGCGUUGUUAUUGUUGUUGUUGCUGCUGCCGCCGCCGUCGUUCACCCCACCCGAAACCCCAGCCUGCUGCUGCUGCUGCUGCUGCUGCUGCUGCUCGUCCAGGCCCAGCGACCGCAUCUCGAGGAUGGGCAGGUGGAGGUCGGCGGGCCUCGCGGCCCCGAUAGCCGCCAGCUCGAGUUCGUAGCGCCGCAGCUUGGCGUCGUACUCGAUCGGGUGCCGGAAGACGACGUCGGCGGGCGCGUCGGGCGGGGUCUGGUCCGGCGGCACGGCGAGCAUGCCGGCGAUGUCGAACCUUUGCUUCAGGGCGUCCAGGGCCUGGGCGGGCGGGGCCCUGGAGGCGGCCAGGGCGGCUUCGAAGUCGGUCAUGGAGCGCUGGGCGAGCCGGACGGCCAGGACGCGGGGGCUGAGGCGGUCGGGCAGCUCGGGCGUGUCGACGUCGGCGACGUGGUCCGAGUCCAGCAGCGCGGCGACCAUGGGCGCGUUGGCGGCGGCGACGGCGGCCUUGAGCGGGCUGCCGAGCUCCGGGUGCACCGCGUGCUCUCCCAGGCUCGCCCCGUCUGGGAACAUCUCGAUGAUCUUCUGGACUAUGCAGUCCGAGAUCUGCGAGUGGCUGUUCCAUUCCUCCGCCGGCUGCAGGCACAGCAUGUGGAGGGCGCUCGUGUUGCGGGUCCGGUCGGCCAGCGGGCUGAGGCUGACUUUGCCGGCGCCGUGGAUGCGUGUCAGGUACGAGAUGGAAUCCAGGGUUGCAAAGUUAUGCUGUCUCAGGAGCACCCCCAGCAGAGAGACUUGGUUCGUGUCGGCGGCGCCCGGCGGGGUGUAGUAAGAGUUCAGCUCUGGUCCGGCGCCGUGUGCGAUGAGCAGAUCUGCGAGGUCGAAAUACCGCCUGUAGAUGGCAAGGCUCAGGGCUCCAGGAAGACUGCUUUGAGGAUGGGGCGCAACGGAAACGCCGCUGGCGAUGAGAUGUUCGGCGAUGGCGGUGUCGCGCGCCUCUAUGGGCCUCGAACCUGGCGUGCCUUCUACCGGAUGGCCGAGGUUGAGGAGCGCCUCGACAAUGUCUACAUUUCCCAGCUUGAUUUCCCGGCAGAGGCUCGCACCACCGCUCGAGUCUGCAACGACAGCCUUUCCUGCGGCGGCGUCCUGGUGGCGCCUUCGAUCUCGCAGGAUCUGCAGCGUCCGUCGAAGCCAGACCUUGUAGUUGGAUCCGCAACGCACGAGCCUGCUCUGGAGAGUCAGGGGAUCGUAGCCCGUGACGGCACCGCUGUGCGCCGCCUCCAGCAUUUCGUUCUCGUCCCAGACGACGGGCUUGUCAACAUCGUCAUCCAGGUCGCGCUCGUCGACGGCCUUGAGAAGAAGCUCGAGCAUGUCCGGCAGCGUCAACACAGCAGCCAGCUCCAGCGGCGACCUGGCCGCCGUCUUGCUGCUUCUGCCGAGAGGGUCGGCGCCGUGUGCCAGGAGCCUUCGAACAGCAGCGUGGCUCUGGUGCAGCACUGCACGGCCGAGGGGCGUGAGGGGGAUGCCUAG